UCUGGGCCAAUGGCGCCUGUGCUUGCCAGGAUCACCUCAUGACCAAUGCUGAGCUCGAGGGACGGGCGGAGCUGCGCCGCGUGAGGUUGCUGUCCCGCCCGCAUCCGCACCCGGCCCCUAAAGUCACUCGGCGGCCCCUGGCCCCCUUUUCACUCCUGAACCAUACUAUACAUCGUUUCUGUACCACCCCUCUCCCCCUCUUCGUCGUCAUUCGUGAAGCGAGAUCCAACUCUCUGCUUCAUAGACCGUCGAAGAUCAACUCAAGCUAGAGGUCCAACACCCUCUUAGUCCCCCCCCACUUUUCCCCCUUCCCCUCUCAUCUCAUCCAGCAUGUCCCCAAGUGCCUCCGCUACUGCAGCACCCCUCGCCGCUGGUGCUCCCGCGCCAAAUGGUAAUGGGGCGUCUUCCGCAGCUCAUUCACAUCUGAAUGCCAGUGCCGCCGCCUCUAACGGACUUCGCUUCGACACUUUGGCCAUCCACAAGGGAUCUGAGCCCGAGCCAGCCACGGGUGCUAUUAUCCCUUCAAUCACCCUAGCUACUGCUUACCGACAGUCUACUGCCGGCAUCAGCGGCGCAGAUGGAUUCGACUAUACACGCUUUGGUAAUCCCAAUCGCAACUCCCUCGAGGCCAAUCUCGCAGCACUCGAGGGCGCCAAGCAUGCCUUUGCCUUUUCCAGCGGUACGGCCGUCACUACGGCCAUCUUGAGCUCCAUUCCCAAUGGGUCUCACGUCGUGUCCGUCGCUGACGUGUACGGUGGAACUCACAAGAUCCUCACGCAGAUUGUCAAUGAAACCAAUGCCAUCAAGACUACCUUUGUGGACCUAGACUCAAAUGGCCUCAAGGAGCGAUUGACAAAGGCAAUCACUCCCGAGACGAAGCUCAUCUGGCUCGAGACUCCCACCAACCCCACUCUGCGUCUGGUCGAUCUUCCGCUCGUCUCUCAGAUCGUCAAGGCCAUUGAUCCAUCCAUCAAGAUCGCAGUAGACGGGACAUUCAUGUCUCCGUACUACCAGAACCCGCUCAGUCUCGGUGCUGACGUAGUCUCUCACUCGGCUACAAAGUUCCUCAAUGGACAUACCGAUGUCUUGCUCGGCGUCGCGGUCACCAAUGACGAGACCAUUGCAAAGAAGCUCAAGUUCGUCCAGUCCAGCCUCGGGGCGGUGCCUUCGCCUUUCGACUGCUGGCUAGUCCUGCGAGGUCUCAAGACCUUGCCCGUCCGCAUGCGCGAGCACGGACGCAAUGCGCUCAGGAUUGCCAAGUAUCUCGAGAAGCACCCCGGCAUCAAGGACGUCAUCUACCCUGGUCUGCCCUCCCACCCAUCUUUUGCGCUUGCCAAGAAGCAGAUUUCUCCUCGAGCGCUGCGAGCCCAGGUCGAUGAUGGUAUUGAUAUUGAACAGGGUCUGCAGUACAGCGGUAUGCUCUCCUUCCGCAUCGACUGUGACCCGACCGACCCUUCCGUGGGCUCGGACGUCCUCAAGGAGCUCAACGUCAUCACCCUCGCCCUCUCUCUUGGAGGAGUCGAGUCUUUGAUCGAGCAGCCCUCUACGAUGACCCACUGGAUGGUUCCUCUCGAAGAGAGGCUCGCUCUCGGCAUCGGCCACGAUCUCAUCCGUCUCUCCGUUGGGCUGGAGGACCCUCGUGACCUUGAGGAAGACCUCGACCAGGCUCUCACCAAGGUCCUUGGUAAGUCUGCUACCCAGCCUGCUGCCGAGACUAACAAGAAGAGGAAGGCGGACGCCUAGACUCUAAGUGUCUAGGUCGUCUUCCUACCUCAUAGAUCCUUUCACCUUCUGCUUGCUGCCCCUAUUCCAUCACCGGCUACCCCGCCUCGGGGGUAGUCUACUUUGUAUCUCAACGUUUACAAAGUCCCCAUCACCGUCUUCACAAUCACGUCACCGUCUCUCUUCCUGCGCCUUGCUUUCCUCAAUUUCUCUCUACAUCUGUACUCUCUACCCACGCAUUCCCAUCCAAGACAGAACUGCUCAUCUCAACGCUUGUAAAGUUCUCUUUUUGUCUCAUAUCAUACUCAGGAAAACCCCCUAUGUACAUCUCAACGCCCUGUACGCAGAGCUUGCUACCUUCUCUCUCAGCUUGCUCUUUCUCUC